GAUUAUGGAAAAUUUUUCUGCAAUUAAAUAAGAAUUGACUACAAUAAUUUCAUUAAAAACGGCCGAAAAUUCAUCUUAACUUAGCCAUUAAUAGCUUUGCAUUUUACAAGCUCAGGUCAUAGCACAGGUGGCUUUGUGCUUUUGAAAGUGUUUUUGAGACGUGGCAACGUCCUUUUUCCGGUAACAACAAUUGCCGACAACCAUGGGGAAGAUUAUGAAAGGUGGGAAGGUGGUGAUUUUGCUGAGUGGCCGCUUUGCUGGUCGCAAGGGAAUCAUUGUCAAGAGCAACGAUGAAGGCACCACUGACAGGCCCUAUGGACACUGCCUUGUGGCUGGCAUCGACAGAUAUCCUCGCCAGGUCAGGAAGGGAAUGAGCAAGAAGAAGAUUGCUCGCCGGACGCGCAUGAAGCCUUUUGUGAGGGUUGUGAACCUGAACCACAUGAUGCCGACCCGCUACACCGUGGACAUCGGCUUCGAGAAGGAGAAGGUGAACAAGGAGACCAUCAAGAACCCCGUCAAGCGGAGGAAGGCCAAGCUGCACGUCAAGCAGGCCCUCGAGGAGAGGUACAAGACGGGAAAGAACAAGUGGUUCUUCCAGAAGCUGAAGUUCUAAGAUUCCUCUGUAUGUCGGCCUCGCGCAAAUAAAAAAAAGAAAAACCUGA